AUGUCUUCGGCACCUCUCCUCUCGUCGAAUUUCCAUGGGAGCAUGCGGGACCACCCAGCCUUUCUUCGCGUCUGCCACUCGCCAUGGCUCUGGAUGCCGCAGAACGUGCUCGUCGCCCUUCGAGGCUUCUUCGUCGCCUAUCUUCUCCUGGCGGGCGCCAUGAUGGUCCACUACAAGCUCAACGUGGAGGAGCCGGACGUCUCCCGCUGGUGCCGCCUCUUUGACUUUGCCCUCAUCGGCGACGUGCUCGUAUUCGUCUACCACGUCUUGGCAUUUUGCUGGACGUUCACGCACCUCUACCAUCCCGACCCGGACGUGAUUCGCGGCCGCGUGGCGUCCCGCAUCGUCGAGGCCAUGUCCCUUCCCCGCAACAUGGCGAGCCUGCGAAAGCAGUUUUACCUUACCAUGUUUUACACGACGGCGACAUGCUUUUCCUUCAUGAACACCACCAUCUACUGGUUCGUCACGAGACCCCACGACGCCGGCAGCGGCGACCCUUCCGAGUUGAUGGCGGGCGCGCCGUCGAAUGUCGAGGCGACGCAUUUGCCCGGCAUGCCAACGGCACCAUUCGGCGACCUGCUCGGCGGCGCAGGCUGGUUCGAGCCCUUCAUGAUCGGCAACCUGUACGGCGUCGUCUCGGCCAUCAUGGUCGUGGAGAUUAUGAUGAUGAACACCAUCAAGCGACCCCUCGUAUGCGCCGCGCUCGCCGUGUCGUUUCGUGCCGCUGACCGCUGCCAGGCCCUCGGCUUCCACGUCCUUGGCCUCUUGUGCGCCUCCGUCCUCUACCUUGGCUGGGCCGCCCUUGGCCGUGCCGUGACGGGCGAUUCCCCCUUCUUCUGGCUCGACGAAGACGAGGUGGGCUCCAAGAUGGCGGUGGCUACCUACUGCGUGGGCUUUGUCUUGAUGUCGCAGCUCAGUACGUCGAUGGCUCGUGACGGGUCGACCCUCCGCUAA